GUUCUCAUCAAAUCGUCAUUGCAAAGUUGAUUCAAUUAGAAGACUUUAUUGGCGCCAUUUUUUUCCUGGUUGUCUUUUGUUUUUGAAACCUUUUUAAAAUGAGUACUCAAGUAGAAAGAGCUGACCAAGAUAUUGAAAAUAAAGAAGAAGAAGAAAAUAUCCCUGAAGAUGCCAAAGACUUGGCUACUUAUGUUCAAAACUUGUUGUCUCAGAUGCAGAGUCGUUUUCAAACCAUGGCUGACUCCAUACUAGGCAGAAUUGACGAGAUGGGAAGCCGUAUAGACGAACUUGAGAAAAGCAUUGACGAGCUGAUGGAACAGACCGGAGUGAAGGAUGGUGAUGUAGCAGAGUCUGGUGAGGCUGUAAUAAGUAGCCGUGGUGAGUGAAUCAGUGCUUUCGGCUUUUGUUGGCCGUGCCUUUUUGUAACUCUUUUACGGCUGCUGGUGACAGUGGUUACCCUUUGUUAUUGGAACAACGAUAAACAAAGCAAGUUUAUUUCUCAGUGAGAUUAUUGACUUGAAAGUUUCUUGCGGCUCUACCUUUAGCAAACUAUGCAACACUACCUUUGCAAUAUCAACUUGUGGUGGAAUCGGUUUGAAGUCUCCCAUGCUUAUCUAUGAGUGAAGUUCAAAUAUUCAAAAUAUCUAAGGGAGCUAUUUGUAUGAAUUACAAGUUCCACUAUUCUUCAUAGGGAACAAGUGACAGUUGGAACAUAUCCGCAAAGCACUCUGCCAAAAGAGUCCUCAAAUGUUGCAUAUCUAUGUUAGGAACAUAAUCCACCAGUCUACCAACUUCGCGAUCAUGAAUUCCACAAGGCACUAUCUUUCGAAAUGGUUCAAGACUAGAGAGGAUGCAGCAGUUAU